UCUACAAUACUUGCAUCCAGAGGUCUAUUGCAAAGGUCAACCAGCCUAAAGUACAUUUUCCUCAUCAGCUUAGCACAAGGCUGAAUCUCCAUGACUAAUGUCUGCCACUCCCCUCUUCAUCUGAUCUUUGCAUUUCUCUAGGUGGUGUCUUCACACAGCUGAAUGUCUCUUGGAAAACACCAUUGCCGAUGGUAGUGAGGGAUGUGCCAUUGCUUGUCUCGUCAGUUUUAAUAUUUCUAAUACAACCAAACACAAAAUCAACUUCCUUUUUGCAUUUCUCUGUGAACUGACUACUGCUGAGAAAUGCUGGACUAAGGCUCCUACAUGGGCAAGCUCCGUAGAACCCUGACAUUAGGCCUCCAUUCCAGGCUGGAGUGGACUAUCUCUGGGGGCAAGACAGGAGUUAAUUUCUUAGGCCCCUUCAAGCUGUGUCCUCUCUGCUGAGAUGGAUGAUCUAGCUGCCAGUUGUAAAGGUGAUUUUGGGAUACUGACAUCUGCCCACUCAGUACUGAACUAGGACUACUGCCUGAUUUCAGACAGGGCACCAGACAGCCUUCAGUUGGAAACAACAGACCAGAGCUGCAUUGCAGCAAGCAAUCUGGCUGUGUGAAAGGCUCCAUAUCCCAUCAGCAACCUUCCCCCGAGCUGUCCAGUUCCCUAAUCUGCACCAUUAAAGAGAGAAGUAGAAGUGAAGGAUUUUGCUUCAGACUGAUAGUGCUGACUAGAUCUCUGGUGUACUGUACCUAUUCUGAUCUCACCACUCUGAUGUAAAUCUGGAAUAACUACCUUAUGUCAAUGGAGGACAGAAUGAGAAGCUCUGGAUCUAGCCCAGGAGGAGUAAGGGCUGCGGGUAGGAUUUCAGGGAUUACAGAAUAUUCAAGAGUCUCCCCUGCUUGCUGUCCAGCUUCUUCCAGGGCUGUGUGCACCUUUCACUGGAAUCCCAAUGCUGUGAUGGCACUGAGGUCAGAAUGCGGAAAUAAAGGAAGGGCCAGGUCCAGUGGUCAAUGUUUCUGGUGGUAACCCUUAUACUCCUUCAAAUCAAGUCUUUGGCAUGCAUUCUCCACUGCAUGCACCUCAUUUGCCUUCAGAUGGAGUGGGGUUAAAGAAUUUGCAUGUGGGAACUGUGGAAGUUUUGCCCCAGCAAUUUUGCUGGUUAGGUCAGAAUGUAUGGAGUCAGCCAGCUGUAGCUGGCACCUGUGUUUUUGUGCUGAAAGGCUCUGAACUGAAGGACUCCGCCUCCUUCCCUGCUCCUCCUCUAAUCUUGGUUUAACACAACAGCACACGCAGGAAACACCGAGGCUCAAAAGCUCACAAUCAACCCAGCAAGGAAAGACCUAAAGGCAAAGGGUUAUUUUUCUCCAAGAAACAGCGCAGAGCAGAGUCAGAGAAGUACUUUGAUCCUCAGGGGUAGACUUGCUGAAGCCCAGCUCUGCGCAGACGUUAGGAGGAGAGGAGGAGUAUAAAAUCCAAGCCCAUUCCAGUGGCUUGAUCAAAGUUCCUGUUCAAAAUCCUGUCAGACUUUUCAGGGAGAUUCUGUUUUAACCCUGAUAGUAAUUGAGUCUUUUUCCUUCAACCUUUUCCUUGGAAGGAUGCAGCCUCAAGACACAGGCGUUCAGUACAGCAGGUGGAAUGACAGUAGUCGUGAUGAAGUCAGUGUGAACACAUCCACUGCUGAGGUGUCAGGAUGCAAAAGAAUCUACACUAAGCUGUGCACUGGGAAAAUCGGCAUUGCAGUUAAAGUGAUUGGAGGAAACAUCCUCUUUUGGACGGUUUUUGUCAUUGGCUACGUGACAGGUUACUAUGUGCACAAGUGCAAGUAGAAGUAACACUGAAAUUCACCGGCAGGACCCCAGGCCUGGAUUUCUCUGGUGAGGUAAUCCCAAACCUCCCUGUCCAGUUCCCACCCCAAUCAGGCAAGUCACCAAGCAUGCAUGCAAGAUGCAGGAUCUUCACUAUGUGUCAUAUGAGCAUGCAAAAAGAACCAUCAGCAUCAGGGAGGCGCACAAAACCAGUGCUGGAUGCAGCACUUCUUGCUGCCUACGAGAGAACCAAUUGUACAAUCUCAGCUGAAGGCAAAGGAGGAACUAGAAAUGGACGUGCUCUCCCUCCUGAAUCAGCAAAAUGUGCUGUUUCCAAAACCUAUCACUGCUGCCAAAAUGCCCUGUAUUGCAAUGAGAACUCCUCCCUGGUCCUGCGGUUUCCAUCCCUACCCCUUAGGACACCCCCAUCAGCAGGGGAUCUGGCUACUGGUUUUGCAUGGGCAUGUUUUCUAUGAGCU